UACAAUUCAGGAAAAAACAACCAUUUUCAACUCCACCCCACAUUCCCUAAACCAUUGCAUUCCUCGAGUUUAAAACAGUCACCAAGCUCGACACUUUUUCCAUUCUCGAGUUUUUUAUUAAAAAAAAAAAAAAAAGAAAGACCAACCGAACCACAUUCGUAUUAACAAACGAGAGCGAGUUCUGACACGAUCAGAGAUCAUCGAAAAUGGCACAGGUGAGCGACAAAGACAUGGAUGCCACUAGGGAAAACGAGAUGGAUACGAACAACAACAAUAGGUCGUUCAAGUUCAACGUGGCCGCACCCGAGUUUGUGCCCACGUUGGCACAUACCACGGCGACUCAGGUCCCUAUAACUGGUUAUUUCUACCCGUGUUUCCAAUACAUCGAUGGGACUAGUGGGAAUUGGAUCUACGUUGCUGAACAAGACAUUACGUUACCGUUGGUCCAUUCCAAGCCCAAUGGGAAGGCUGGCGCGGACACGGACCAAACCAAUCACACGCAGACUAAGGAAAUUGCCUUGUCUGAUGAACUUAAGCAAAAGAUCAUCAAACAGGCAGAAUAUAUGUUCAGUGAUAUGAGCAUGCUAGCCAAUGAAACUCUUGUCAAACAUGUGAACAAAGAUCCAGAAGGCUAUGUUCCAAUAAACUUCGUUUCGACUCUGAAGAAACUCAAAUCGCUUAACGUUAACAAUCAAAUGGUGGCGCAGGCUCUUCGCUCCUCUACGAAGCUCGUCGUAAGCAGCGAUGGCAAGAAGGUGCGACGCAAGAAUCCCUUUACCGAGAAAGAAAAAGAGGACCUGCAGAUGAGAACUGUAAUAGCUGAAAAUCUGCCUGAUGAUCACUCUCAUCAGAAGAUUGAGAAAAUGUUCAACGUUGUCGGAAGUAUCAGGUCGAUACGUAUAUGCCAACCGCAGGAUCACAAUUCUUCAUCACGAUCUUCUAAGGGUGAUGUAGUAAUCAGCAACAAGCUGCAUGCACUGGUAGAGUAUGAGAAUGCUGAAACAGCUGAGAAAGCAGCUGAGAAGCUGAACGACGAAAGGAACUGGCGAAAAGGCAUGCGAGUGAGGCUUAUGCUUAGGCGUUCGGUUAAUCUGCAGCCCAAGUCUGUGCUGAAGAGCCGGAAGUCUGAGUUUGAUGUGUGUCUAGACGAUGAUGGACUGUCGACACACCAAUCACACGAAGAUGCCUCCGGCCGGCUCAGCACCUCAGAAGCAACUGAUUCUGAGGAAAAUUCAGCUAUCUUAAAGAGAAGUUGGUCUAGAAAUAGAGGGAAAUCGAAGCAUCGUCCCCAGCUUCAAGGGGCACGUAGCCUGCCUACUCCAUCAUCCAACGGGGGCCUGUCGUGCCCCGGCCUGCAGCCUGCGAAAGGACCAAGAAUGCCGGACGGAACCAAGGGCUUCACUAUGGGCAGGGGAAAGCCGAUGGCCGUCUCAAUCUAGUUAAAACCAUGGGGGAACCAAGGAUGUGUUUGUUCCUUGGGAGAUAGAUGGGCAACGACGGUGUAUCAUGUGAUUUUCAUAGGUCCUUCUUGCAGUCAGAGGCUAUCGUUUGAUAUGUUUUUUUGUACUAUGCUUUUUGAACAAUUAAGGUGGUCAGUAAUGUUGAUUUAGAUAGGAGAUUAAAAACAUUCAGGAUUUUGCAUGAUUAUACGUCAGAAAUUCAUGUCAUGGAAGAGUUAUGAUCUCUAUUUCUUUGUUUUUAAUUUUUUGGGCUGACUUAUGUACCUUGAUAGUA